CGUGUCAUUUGAAGACGGCUCGCUGGCGGCUUUGCGCACGUUCAUUUUCGUAAAAGUCCAGUUGGAGUGGUAUUAUUGAAGAAAAGUUGAAUGGUUUCGGUCGAUUUAUUAAGUUAAUAUUAUAGUUAGGAUAGUUAAAUCUCAAUAAAUCAAAAUGGGAAUCAAAUUCCUCGAAGUUAUAAAGCCCUUCUGCAGUAUACUGCCAGAAAUAGCGAAACCCGAAAGAAAGAUCCAAUUCCGAGAGAAAGUAUUAUGGACUGCCAUCACUCUAUUCAUUUUCUUAGUAUGCUGUCAGAUCCCCCUGUUCGGUAUCAUGUCGUCAGACAGUGCGGAUCCCUUCUACUGGAUCCGUGUGAUCCUGGCGUCCAACAGAGGAACCCUCAUGGAACUCGGUAUCUCCCCGAUCGUGACAUCUGGACUGAUCAUGCAACUGCUGGCUGGAGCCAAAAUCAUUGAAGUCGGUGACACACCCAAGGACCGAGCCCUCUUCAAUGGUGCACAAAAAUUGUUCGGCAUGGUGAUCACGGUGGGUCAGGCCAUCGUGUACGUGAUGACUGGCAUGUACGGAGAGCCGGCCGAGAUCGGAGCCGGAGUCUGUCUGCUCAUCAUCAUCCAACUGUUUGUCGCUGGUCUCAUUGUGUUGCUGCUUGAUGAGUUGCUGCAAAAAGGAUACGGUCUGGGCUCGGGUAUCUCGCUGUUCAUCGCCACCAACAUCUGCGAGACCAUCGUGUGGAAGGCGUUCUCCCCCGCCACCGUCAACACUGGUCGCGGCACAGAGUUCGAAGGGGCCGUCAUCGCUCUGUUCCACCUACUAGCCACGCGCCCGGACAAGGUGCGCGCUCUCCGCGAGGCCUUCUACCGACAGAACCUGCCCAACCUGAUGAAUCUGCUGGCCACUGUGCUGGUGUUCGCGAUAGUGAUAUACUUCCAGGGCUUCCGCGUGGACCUGCCCAUCAAGUCGGCUCGCUACCGCGGCCAGUACUCGUCCUACCCGAUCAAGCUGUUCUACACCUCCAACAUCCCCAUCAUCCUGCAGUCGGCGCUCGUGUCUAACCUCUACGUCAUCUCUCAGAUGUUAGCCGUGAAAUUCAGCGGCAACUUCCUCGUCAACCUCUUGGGCGUGUGGGCGGACGUCGGCGGCGGCGGCCCGGCCCGAGCCUACCCCGUGGGCGGUCUCUGCUACUACUUCAGCCCCCCCGAGUCUCUAGCCCACAUAGCCCACGACCCCUUCCACGCUGUGUUGUAUAUCUUCUUCAUGCUCGGCUCCUGCGCUUUCUUCUCUAAGACCUGGAUCGAUGUGUCCGGGUCUUCGGCUAAGGAUGUGGCGAAACAACUGAAGGAGCAGCAGAUGGUGAUGCGCGGCCACCGAGACAACUCGAUGAUCCACGAGUUGAACCGGUACAUCCCCACGGCGGCGGCCUUCGGAGGCCUCUGCAUCGGAGCCCUGUCAGUCCUAGCUGACUUCCUCGGGGCCAUCGGCUCAGGCACCGGUAUCCUCCUCGCCGUCACCAUCAUAUACCAGUACUUCGAGAUCUUCGUCAAGGAACAGGCGGAAAUGGGCGGCAUGAGCACACUCUUAUUCUAAGCUCGAUAAUCUCUAGGCUGUAUUUGUUGUGUAUCUGGGUACCUACAAUGAAUAUGUACUGGAAGGUGUAGAGUGUGUUAGAUGUUUAGUGUUGUGUACGUUCUGUGGAGCGAGUGGGUUAUGUGCUAUUUAUAUGAGAUGAACUUUAUAAUAAAAUAAUUUAAAAUAAA